AAGGCCUAACUUCCUAAGGGAAAGAUUCGUUGUCUGGCUGCCUGAAAAGGAGCUCAUCUUUGCACCGGGCACAAUCGCACCUACCUACACAAUUUGGGACUGCAUUCUUUCUAAUUUUAUUUUUGCUACAAAUACUGCUGCAGUUUGAGGGUUACGCCUAUUAGAUUUUGUCAGCGGAAAAAUAAACUUACGUGACAUAAAAGACCAAAAAAUGUCGCUGAACCGAAACGACACUGGCACGUUUUCUAGGAAACCUGGCGACAACGACGCGGCCAUGCCGAUCGCGUCAGGUUCAGGUCUUGGUGCCACAUCGAAGAAUGGCGUUGCUGAAAAGAAAGCUAAAGCAGCGUCGUCGUCAGCAGCGAAAACGGACAGCAAUUCUGGAGCGACGAAGGAGCCUGGAACGCUGUCAGAUGCUGAAGUCCUGAGCAAAUUGACGAAGGCCGGCGUGGAGAAUGUGGAGAAGGUAGGGCGAUGUGUGAAAGCUGGGAUAGCUCGGGGUUUCAUCCAGCUCGAACGUACUGCAGACUUGGAUACUGUUCUUGUUAGUGCUGUGUGUGAUGAAGUUUUUGGAUUUGAAUGCAAGAACAAAAUCGACGCCACACUGCGAAUGGUUCUGCACCAGAAAGACGAAGGUAUUGAUGAAUACUUGGGAUUAGACGACUAUGCCGUUCGUUGCGACGGAUGCGAACAGGGAUAUUACGUUACCGACUUGUGCACUGCCGAUCCAAUGUUCUCCGAUCCGAAGUAUAUGCAUCACUGCGCUGAUUGUCCAGGCCUCGGCAAAUGCAUUGGAGAUAUACGCGUGCGUCAUUGUAAAAAAUGUGAUGACCACUACUUUGCUGGAUCAAAUGCGAAUUUGAAAUGUCCAUGCAGAUCUGAGGGAAAAUCGGUAUCGAAGGCCUCGAACGAUGAAUCUGAUGACGAAUGCGAAACUGAUGAAGACAGUGAAUCUGAUUCUGAGGAAGAUUCCGAUAUGGAUGAGGAGGCUCCAUCUCUUGCUGACUGCAUCCUUGGUUUGAUGAAGGAUUUCGCAUCGAAAAACCAGGCCACGAUUCCUACCGGGCCGCAGGCUAUGACCGGCGAUCAGGUUCUGGAAAAACUGAGGCGUCUUGGUGUGGAGAAUUUGGACAAAGUUAGUGGAUGUGUAAAAGCCGGUAUCGCCCGCGGUUUCAUCAAGCUGGAGACUGCCAGUGAUUUGGAUAAAGUGAUCGUUGCAAAGACGGGCAAUAAAAUUCUGCCAACGGAUUGUACUCAUAAAGUCGAGGCUACUGUAAAAAUGGUACUGCAUCAGAAGGAUUGGGGUGGAGAUGAGUAUAAUUGCAUAAAAAAUGAACAUCCCGUUUACUGUGGUAAAUGCGGCGAAGGCUAUUUCGUUUCGUGGAUUUGCGGGGGAGAGCCGACACUCUGCUACUCGAAGCACAUGAACCACUGCAAAAAAUGCCCGGAUUUAGGAGUGUGUUUGGGAUGCUGCCGUGAAGAUCACUGUGACCGAUGUGGUAAACACUAUUUUGCUGGAUCCAUGAGAGAUAUGCCAUGCGACUGCGAUGAAGUGGAGGAGACUCGAAAAACUGUUCUACGCUGCUUAUUGGAGAAUGUCAAUAAAACUGGCAAAAAAUAGUAGAGGAUGUAUUGUACAAUGAUUAAAGACCGAAAUCGUUAUGCUGCAUAACUUUGUGUACGAUAUGUGUAGUACACUUCUUCAAGAUGACCAAAAAUCAUGAGAUCUCGAUUGGAAACUAAAUGGAAAGUUUUUGCUCUUGCUUUACGCAUUGCUGUCAUCUAUGAUGUUUGCAAUUUACAUAUCCGCGAUCUAUUUCACAACAGUACUGUAAUCGUACAGGCGUACUCGUUCGCUGCUUAGCUGAGCUUUCGUAUAAAGUAGUAAUUUUGGUUGUAGACUUCCAAGUAAAUAACUUGCUAACGACAUCGAUAAUCACCAGAACUGUUGUUUUAUUUUUUCAUUUUGUUGCCCAGAUGCUAUACCCUGUUAAGGGUUGUUUUUUCGGCAGCUGAAAAUGCAUUAAAGGUCAUUCAAUAAGAUCUCAAGCUUCGCAGACCAUCAUAGAGAUGGACAACGUGUUUGGCGGUCACUGUUUGCCAAUUCGAAAGCGCAAUAAGGUGACAAGUUCAGAAUUUAAACGCGCUUGUAGUGGCGGACGGCCUUUCCACCGUUCCAGG